AUGGAAGAAGUUCUCCGUCUCUACCGCUCACCUUACGUCGACCGUCUGCCUGAACCCGAACGCACGGAACGCUAUCAAUCGCUUGCAGUAUUGAUGGCGCAGUUUGACUAUCAGUUCAAUCGUGCUGCAAAGGAAGAGGAAUGGCGUGCUUCGGGUGCAGUGCAUGAAUGGGCGCAGAGGAAGGAACAGUCUGAUGAUGAUGAUGAUGAUGAUGAUUAUGACCCGUAUCAGGAGAUGCUUGACGAAUGGGAACAGAAGCAAUGGGAGGGCUGUGUCGUAACGGCGAGAGGGUGGGCCGGAAAUGAAGAACGGUACAAGGGUUUGAGUGAUGGGCAGAUUGUUGGUUGUUGGUACUUGCUAAAUGAGCUUUUGCUCUCCGAUCUUUAUUCUCUGGGGAUUCUCGUAUGGGGGAAGGCAGUGUACAGCCACGCCAUUGUCCAAGAAGAGAUAGUCUCAGUAUCCUGCCCGGUCUGUGCAACCAACGAGUCCAGCAAUUUUCGUUUCUCUAUCCUCUUUCAAAUCGCCCGACAAAGUACGGAGCAGACCACCUCUGUACCCACGGACGUGGAUCGCCGUUUAUAUCAGGCUGGUUUCGAACCAGACUGACCGAGGUCGGUCGAAGUGCAGGUUGAGGCGGGGAUGAUGCUUUCAGCUCAGCAUAACAUUCCUAUGGAGACAGUGUCUUGCGUAUGUCUCGAUGGUUGUUGCUUUUUUGCUUCGUAUGUGUUGCGUACGCAGUGAGGCAAUAUAUAUCACCAGUAUGGCAGUUACCUUAUUCCACGGGGAAAACAUCACAUCAAAUCAAAUCAAAUAAGGAAAUAAAAAGAGAGAAAGCCGACUAAAUCCAGUUAUUGACAACUGUAUCUCUAAACAACUCUGGCGAAG